GUCGUGACCGGAUCAACAAGACCGAUGGAGCUUCACGUCGACGUCUGCAUUAUCUGGAUGGGCAACGACCUCGUGGGCACUCGUGGCGUGUUCCUCGCCCCAAACAUGCCGCGAUGGCGCGAGACGCCAGAAAACGCGGGCGCUCUGGGCUUGUGGUCGGACAUAGAGACGCCGGCGCACAAGCGAGAGAUCGUCCUGGCAGGCAAAGAGCAUGCCAUCAAAGGGGCCGAGGAGAAGCGCGAGCAGCUACGGUCUGCGGCCGUGGCGGCAGCCCGCGACCGGCGCUACAUGGAAGUGUUGGACUCGGCGAUGCAGGCGUACCAGAUGGGAGCCUCGGAGACCCGGCGGAAGACGGCAGGGGAGCCGGAUGUGGAUCUGAACCAACUGGUCGAGUUGCUCCUCCUGGCCCGCGCCACCCACGUCGCCGGCGACCACGCCGCAGGCCUGAAGUAUCUUGACUUCUUGUCCAAGAUGGUUGACAACCUGACGGGUGCGGAUGGCAACCUUCCCAUCUUCCAUCCCAGCUCGGCAGCGACGCUGCUGCUAUGUACAGCGGAGCUUUUCGCCCUCUUUGGCCAGCAGGAGCGUGCGGCUGAUUACAGCCGAGCCUACAUCGCCAUGGCACGGCUGGCACACGGCGAGGGCUCCCCUCCUGUCGGCGACGCGUACGGCUUUCACAUGGCCCUCCUGGCCCGUCGAGGUUUACUCGAGGAGGCUCUCCAUCACGCCAUGAUGAUGCUUCAGGUUCGCCAGCGCUGCGGCACAGAGAA